AGUACUUUCCACCCCGCGCAUUUAAAAGGCGCUAUAUUACCCAUUGAUUCUCAACUUUAAGAGUGAGUCUCUACCUAUUCAUUCGUUUUUUUGUUUGAAAAAAAAUUUAUUCAUAAUUAUAUUGAACACAAUAAUAUGAUCUGGGGUAACGAACUUAUUGAAUUUGCACUUCCUAGUGCAAAUCUUUUACAAUUUCCUGAAAGAAAUACCCCAUUACCUCCAUCACCAUUUCAAAAUGAAUUCCUUACUCAACUGUAUAAUUUUUUUAUGAAGUCUUCAACUCCAAUGACUAUUGCUAUUGUCUAUUUUUCAUUUGUUCAUUUCAUCAAUCCUCAUAUUAGAAAUAGACAAAUUGCACUUGCUAAGGAGAAGAAAUUGAACAAUAAUAGACUUCCAGCAGCUCCAUUUGCAAUUGCCAAAACUUCUAUUUUCAAUUUCUUGGUACUUGUUCAUAACGUAUUUUUAUGUGUUUAUUCUGCUUGGACAUUUAUUGGUAUGUGUUACACAAUGAAGAAUACCUCACAUUUUUUCAAAACUGAAAAUAUUCCACAAUUAGAUAGAGUUUCAAGAUUAGUUCAAUCUGUUUGUGAUUUAGAUCAAGGAAUUUUCGCAGAUGAUUUACCUUGGUCAAAUUUACAUUUCUAUGGUUAUUGGUUUUAUUUAUCAAAAUUUUAUGAAGUAUUGGAUACCAUUAUUAUUUUAUUAAAGGGUAGACCAUCUUCAUUACUUCAAAGUUACCAUCAUGCAGGUGCUAUGAUGUGUAUGUGGGCUGGAAUUAGAUACAGAUCACCACCAAUUUGGAUUUUUGUCGUUUUUAAUUCUUUUAUUCAUACUUUGAUGUAUUUCUAUUUUUCAUUAUCAUGUUUGAAAUUUAGAGUACCAACUAUUUUUAAGAGAAUUCUUACAACCAUGCAAAUUACUCAAUUUAUUGUUGGUGGUUCUAUUGCUGUUGUACAUGCCUUUUUAAAAUAUACUGAUUUUGCCACUGGUACCAAGAAACAUUGCAUUGAAUCUUCCACUAGAGCAUUACCAUUGUAUGUGAAUGUGGCUUAUUUGGCUCCAUUGACUGCUUUAUUUGCAGCAUUUUAUGUUGAAAGUUAUCUUAAACGUAGUAAGAAAUAAAUAAGAGAACUAGGGAUUUAACAACAUUAUUUUAUAGCCUACAUAAUUAGUUCCAACCAUACAUACAUACUUGUACAACAAGCCUUUGAAAAACGAUCUCGUACUACUUUAAUUGAAGUUUC